AACCUGUUCAACACGAACGCUGAGUUUGACUGGGGAGAUUUCCGGAGCCUGAGGGAGGAACUGAGGGAAAUUCCCAGGAAUUCCCAGGAAUUUUUCCUGUUCCUUUUCCACUUCCAGGCCCCCGGCACGUACGUGCUCCGCCUGAGCAGCAACAAGCACAAGAGGAUGCUGCUGCGGGCGCUGCCCGCGGGGACGCGCUGCCGCCACCGGGGCCCGUUCGCGCCCGGCUCCCCCCGGGCCGCGCUGGGGACGGGGGCGGCCCCGGGCACGGAGCUGCCGCUGGCACCGGACCGGGCACCGCUGCUGCUGCUCCUGCUCCUGCUCCUGCUGCUCCUGUUCCUGCUGCUCCUGCUGCUGCUGCUCCCCCUGGCACCGCCUUUCCUGUGGCAGGGCCUGGGCUGGGCGCGGAGGGGCAGCCCCAGCCCCGCGUUCCGCAGGCAGCAGCUCCGGUACAGCCUGGACAGAUAUUCCUCCAAAAUUCCGGCGGUUUUUGCUGUGAGAAAAGCUCAUCCCUCACUGCAGCACCGGGCUGGGCACUCCUGCGGCGCUGCUGGGACAGCCCGUUUCCUGCCAGGAGGGGAGGCCUGGGAGCCCCAAGGACAAAUCGACCUCGAAGCUUUUGACACCGAGGUUUUCUUUGAGCUCCUGCUCAGGCAGUCCCAGUCCGUCACCACCACCCUGGGUCACUUCAAAGAAGAGGUAAAAGCUGUGUAUCACAGGGUAAUGAAUGAAAUCUCCUCGCUGGAAAAGCUUUGGAUAAAGGCUCUGAGCACCCCAGGAAAGGGAGAGGAUGAGAGGGUGGCAAAACAGCAGACACCAAGCUCUGUGUGCUCUGUGCCGUUCCCUGGGUCAGCACAGGAAAUCCCUGGGUCCAGCAGAGUCUGUGGAAUCUCAAAUAAUCCCUGGGAGUUCAUCCCACAAAAACUGAUCCCGCUGCUCCGGGCUGCGCUUCAGGAGCUGCAGAAAAAGAAAAAAAUCAAUUUAUCCCCUGAGAGCCCAGGUAUCAGGGUGCUGAAGCAGGCAGAGCCCCCCAAGACAUCCAGGAUGACCCUGCUGAACCCUCAGCUCUCAGCACCUCCACACGGGGAUGGAAUGAAAUAUAAAAGUUUCUCCUUUCUCCUCGGCCUCCUGAAGGAGCUGAACAAUGAGCUCAGAGGUCUCGUGGUGGCAGCGGGGCUGGGACAGAGCCCAAGGCUGGAGAAAACAGAAAUCUCUGCUCAGGAGGCAGAGCUGGCAGCAGUGGAUCCUGCAGCCCUUUCUCCCAGGGAGUUUGUGGUGUUCCAGUACGGCCUCUCCAUCCUGAAAUUCCUCACAUUUCACAUUAAAGCUCCAGAAAUCACCCUGGGCGUCGCCUCCAGCCUCCCCCAGAGCCACGCCCCGGGCAAUGCCUUCAGCAAUUCUUUCUUUUAUCAGAAUUCCAAGAGGAAACUCUUCCUGCUGAGGGAGUGCCUGGGCUCUGGGGGAGGAUUCCUGCUGCUCCUGGUGCACUGCUUGGCUCACGUCACUGCUGGGGACCUCAGCCACGACUCCAAUCCCCUCUUCCUGAGCCUCUUCCACCAGGCUCUGAAGGCCUGUCUGAGUGAGAUGCUCUCCCUCAGGCUGCAGCUCUGCGCAGCUGCCCAGGGGGAUAAAUCCCAGGGGAUAAAUCAGAUGCUGCUCAAGGAGGAGCCACUCUCCACAGAGGAAACAAACCUCAUCUCCCGACUUUUGGAAGUGAGAGUGAAAAACCCCACGGAGAUGGAAACCUUUGAGAAGAACCUCUUGCUCCGUGUGAAAUCCGAGGAAUCACUCAACAGCAAGUGGCUGGUGAAGAAAAAAGAGAAUUUCCUUCACCCCCUGAGCAGCAGUGGAAGGGACAGCCUUGGACAGAGGGCACAGCUUGAAGAGGAAACUCUCAGUUCCUCGUUCCCCUCAGAGCUGGAGGAUAAAGUGGAUGCUUUAACCGAGGAGCUGGUGCAGGUUCUGGAGGAUGAGCAGCAGUUUUUAAACAGCAAAGGCAAUGAAGAUUUGCUCUCUUAUUACCUUGAAAUAACCACUCUGGAGAAGGAGAGCUUGCUAAAACAAAUCCAAGCCUUAGAGGAGGAAAUAGCCCAGGGCAGAGAAUUGUGAUGCUCCAAACUCUGGUUUGGUUCCUGCUCCUCUGCAUUGGGCAUUCGGCUUCGAGCCAAAGUAAAUCUUUUAUCUUUAAAUCUUUUAUUUUUGCCUGAACUCCAAUGUAUUUUCCCUCUCCAUCCCAAAGGCUCAUUAAAUCAGUGCAGCAAUUGAAGUGACAAGAGUUUGGCUGGAGGAACUGACAUUUCUGGCCACAUGCAAGUGCUGAGAAGAAAUAUUGCUGCAAAAGCCCGGACUCAGAGUUUCCAGGAACAGCAGCAAAAUAUAGAAGCACUCAAUUCCUCGUGUUAAAUAAAUUAUUCUUUAAACUAAUGCAUCGCUCCACGAGGGGUUCUGAGGCCUCUGCAGCUGAGAGUUGCAGUUUUCUGAUUUUAUGACACAGCAAAAACUGCAGAUGUGGUUACUUGGGUUAAUUAUAUCUGUGCAAUUACAUUUAAAGUGCAAGAAAUAUUAUUUUCCACCAUUGAAGCAACUUCUAAAGUCGCUUAAUUUUAGCUCUGUGCCACCACCCACCCAGGGAUGU